GCUAUGGCCCAAUUCAGACCAUACGGUGGCCAUGAGCAACGAGUCGUAAGUGAUUUAUCACGGUUCGAUUAUGAAGGCGCUGGCAUCCCCCUCCGCAAACCAUCUGUCACUCCUUCCGAGAUCAGUUCAAGCAAAUUGACCUUGGAUACAAUCAUUCCAUUGUAUUCCAGCAGGAUCGAUGAGCGGGAUAAUCGAGGAUACCUGCCUCUACCCACCGUCGAGACGCCGGCAGAGCACGAACACGAUCUUUCGUCAUUGCCUGAAGUUAUUGAUCCGCCGACGCCUAAGUCGUUGGUUAGAAUUAGAAAGAAGCAUAUUUCAGUAGGUGUACAAGUGCCCCAGGACAACCCCAAUUUACUCGUUGGCCCUACACCACCUCCUAAAGAACUGGUAAGACCGCCCCGAAUUCCCGAGAACGUACCCGAAAAUGACCUACCACCUAUGCCACAACCCCAAGCAGAAAAGAGCCGGGCCCAGUUUGCCGAUGCGGAAGUAGGCAGUUUAUCAUCAAAGAGGAAACAACUUGAACAAGAUUUGAUCAAACUGGUGAUGAAUCGUCCCUUGGUUAAGUUCCAUGCUGAUCGAUUCGGGCCUGAUUUUGCCGGGAAGGAGAUUACAAUCUCGGUCAACUUCUUCAUAUACUUGUUUGAAAUCAUGUUCUGUAUUAUUGAAAUUGUCAUUUCGUCAGUGUUGUUGGAUAACGAUUCUAUGAUCCCUGUGGAUGUAUAUAGAUACUUUAUCGCUGAUGGGGUCAUGGGGUUGAUUAUAUCGUUGUUGUUGAUUUUCCAGGCUAUUACAUACGAACGAAGAAAUGGGAGCUUCUACUGUCUAGCGGUGACAAUCAUGAAACUAGUGGCAUUUAUCCUUAUUGUUUCUGUGGUGUUUCCCAGCCCAAACUAUGCGUACUUCCAAAUAUGGGAACUCAGGAGGGCAGUUGGGGCAUUCAUUAUUAUAUCCAUGUUUCUCUGGCUCACCAACUUGAUCAUGUUUGUAACGACAUUGUACAUCCUGAGGUUAAACUUGUUACAGGAAUUGAAUUUCGAUUAUAGCGAUCAGGGCUUGGACGAUAAGUUUAACAAGAGGGGCAUUGUCACUGAAAAGGAAGAGGAUCUUAAAGAGUUUUACCUCAAUGAGAAUGGUGAGAUGUUUGCAUUGACUGAAGACUGGGAAAAGGAACAAUACAAGGGGAGAAAUAAGAUAUUGGUAUAUACAUUUUAAUAAAGCGUAUCAUUUUU